CUCCCGUUCCCACUUCACAGAAACAGAGGCAUUCAAGGUGCUAAACUGCUGUUCCAUUGCAAAUCUCUAGGUAUUCCUUGCUUCACUCCCUUAUUUUUCCUUUUAUUAAUCAACACCUUCUUUGGUGUCUCCCUUUUUAUUCCUUAAUUUAUUUCUCCCCUUUUUUCACUCUCUGUUUUUGGUUGGUUUUUUGAGUUCAUACCAAGCAAGACAUAUUAACACAGAAACAGAGGAGAAAUUUUAGACAACAGAAGAAAGAAAUUUUAUUUUUUCCACCCAAACACAAACCAAUGAAGAAAUUUGUUGGAAUUUGAGGCAGAUGUUUUUCUAACGGAGAGCCAUAUAAUGUUUAAUUCGAACCCAAAACAUCACCAUUUCACAUUCUCAUUUCACUUGCUUUUCUUUAUCACCGCUUUCGCCUUCUCCGCCGCCGCCAACGAUGAAGCUACCAUCCUCUACUCAUGGCUCUACCACCGUGACAACCACCUUGCACCACUACCGGAGCUUUCUAAUUGGAAUUCAAUGGACCCCACACCAUGCAAAUGGGCUUCAAUCAAAUGCUCACCUCAAAAAUUUGUUACUGAAAUCAACAUUCGAUCUCUCUCUCUUCAACUCCCUUUUCCUUCAAAUCUCUCCUCUUUUAACUCUCUCCAAAAGCUCACCAUUUCUGGGUCCAACUUAACCGGGACCAUCCCAAAUGAGAUUGGAAAUUUUCCUUCAUUAAUCUCCAUUGAUAUUAGCUCAAAUUCCUUAUCUGGGUCAAUCCCAAUUUCUAUUGGGAAGCUCAAAAACCUUCAAGAUUUAAUCUUGAACUCGAACCAACUCACUGGGUCAAUCCCACCUCAACUCGGUGAUUGCUCGAGUUUGAAGAACUUGUUCCUUUUUGAUAAUCAGAUUGGCGGUAAUUUACCCCCUGAACUAGGGAAACUUUACAAUCUUGAGGUAAUUAGAGUCGGGGGUAAUAAAGACAUUGUGGGUAAAAUCCCAGAUAAUUUUGGUGAUUUGAGCAAUCUUACUGUUCUUGGUCUUGCUGAUUCUGGGAUUUCAGGUUCAUUACCUUCUAAUUUGGGUAAGCUUUCAAAGCUUCAGACACUUUCAAUUUACACAACAUCUAUUUCUGGUGUGAUUCCUGCUGAAUUGGGUAAUUGUUCUGAGCUUGUUAAUGUUUAUUUGUAUGAGAAUAGUUUAUCUGGGUCAAUCCCACCUGAGUUUGGGAAGCUGAAAAAGCUUGAAAAAUUGCUGCUUUGGCAGAAUUCUAUCGCGGGUUCUAUCCCAGAAGAAAUUGGGAAUUGUACUAGUUUGAGAACUGUUGAUGUUGCUUUGAAUUUGAUUUCGGGUUCGAUUCCUUUGUCAAUUGGGGGUUUGUCUAAGCUUGAGGAGUUUAUGAUUAGUAAUAACAAUGUGACUGGUUCUAUUCCUACGGUUUUGUCAAACUGUAGUAAUUUGGUUCAGUUGCAGUUGGAUACUAAUCAGAUUUCGGGUUUGAUUCCACCGCAACUCGGCUUGCUUUCGAAGCUUACUGUGUUCUAUGCUUGGGCUAACCAGCUUGAAGGGAGCAUUCCUUCAAGUUUAGCUAGUUGUAGUAACCUAGAGUCUCUUGAUUUGUCUCGUAACUCUCUCACUGGUAGCAUUCCACCAGGGUUGUUUCAGAUUAAAAACCUUACUAAACUUCUGCUGAUUUCCAAUGACAUUUCUGGUAUUCUCCCUCCUGAAAUUGGUAACUGCACCUCCUUGAUUAGGCUUCGACUUGGACAUAACCGGAUAGCUGGGGAAAUACCUCCAGUGAUUGGGGGUCUUAAAAUGUUAAACUUCCUUGAUUUUUCUAGUAACCGCUUUUCUGGCAUAGUUCCUGAUGAGAUUGGGAGUUGUAGUGAGUUGCAGAUGCUAGACCUUAGCAGUAACAACUUAGGGGGUUCUUUGCCUUCUACAUUGUCAUCCCUCUCUUCUCUACAAGUGUUGGAUGCUUCAUCCAAUGGAUUUGUGGGUGAAAUCCCGGCUAGUUUUGGCCGUCUUGUGUCACUAAACAAGCUUGUUUUGAGCAAGAAUAUGAUCACUGGAUCAAUACCAUCAUCUUUAGGGCUAUGUUCAAGUCUCCAAUUGCUCGAUCUUAGCAGCAAUAAGCUUAAUGGAGAGAUUCCAAACGAGUUGUGCAAGAUUGAGUCUCUUGGAAUUGCUCUCAAUCUGAGUGGAAACAUGCUUUCUGGUAAAAUCCCAUCUCAGUUAUCAGCAUUAAACAAGCUCUCAAUAUUAGACCUCUCACACAACAAGCUCAGUGGGGGUUUAAGCCCACUUGAAGACCUUGAUAACCUUGUUUCCCUCAACAUUUCCUACAACAACUUCACUGGAUUCCUCCCUGAUAACAAACUCUUCAGGCAACUUCCUUCAGCAUCUUUGGAAGGUAAUGACAGGCUGUGUUCAGUUGGGAAGGACUCGUGUUUCUCUAGCAAUUUCGAUGCUGCUUCAGAAUCUAAUGAUGAAGUAAAAAAAGCUCGGAUUCUCAAAGUAUCCAUUGCUUUGCUUAUUAUUUUAACAAUUGCAAUGGUGAUAAUGGGUGUUUUUGCUAUGGUUCGAGCACGAAAAACUGUAACAGACGAGGAUUCAGAGUUAGGUGAUUCAUGGCCUUGGCAUUUUACUCCUUUCCAGAAGCUUAGUUUCUCAGUUGAUCAAGUGCUAAAAUGUCUAGUGGACUCAAAUAUCAUCGGUAAAGGGUGUUCAGGUAUGGUUUAUCGAGCUGAUAUGGAAAAUGGUGAAGUCAUCGCUGUGAAAAAGCUAUGGCCUACCGCAUCAAAGAGUGAAGAUGAAAAGAGUGGAGUACGAGACUCAUUUUCUACCGAGGUUAAGACCCUGGGAUCAAUUCGCCACAAGAACAUUGUUAGAUUUCUUGGGUGUUGUUGGAACCGAAAUACAAGGUUGCUUAUGUAUGAUUACAUGCCAAAUGGGAGCUUGGGGAGUUUAUUGCAUGAGCGUUCAGGGAAUGCCUUAGAGUGGGGCCUUAGGUAUCGAAUCAUACUUGGUGGUGCACAAGGUCUUGCCUAUUUGCAUCAUGAUUGUAUUCCACCAAUAUUUCAUCGGGACAUCAAGGCAAACAAUAUACUCAUCGGCCCAGAGUUCGAGCCUUAUAUUGCAGAUUUUGGCUUAGCCAAACUUGUUGAUGAUGGUGAUUUUAAUCGCUCCUCUAACACAGUUGCUGGAUCUUAUGGAUACAUCGCUCCUGAAUAUGGUUACAUGAUGAAGAUAACAGAGAAGAGCGAUGUUUAUAGCUACGGAGUAGUAAUGUUGGAAGUCCUGACUGGAAAACAACCCGUAGAUCCCACUAUCCCCGGAGGAAUGCAUAUCGUUGAUUGGGUGAGGCAAAAGAAGGGAGGGAUUGAAGUCCUGGAUCCAUGCUUAUUAUCUAGACCUGAAACCGAGAUUGAGGAAAUGGUGCAAGCGUUAGGGAUUGCGCUGCUAUGCGUAAGCACUUCACCAGGAGAAAGACCGACAAUGAAAGACGUGGCAGCAAUGCUCAAGGAGAUUAAAGAUGAAAAGGAAGAAUAUGCCAAGGUUGAUAUCUUGCUUAAGGGCUCACCUACAACAAGAAAUGAUCAAGGAAAUAAGAGUCCAAAAACUAGCGAAUUACCAGUCGGAACCUCAACAUCAAGACUUACUAAUGUGGAAAGCUUCUACCCAGAAAGCAAUAAUACAAGCUUUUCUGCAUCCUCAUUGCUUUACUCAUCUUCUAGUCCUAGGUUGAGUUGAGAAAUAAUGAAAUGUAAAACCAAAGUUUUCAACUAGAAUUUGCUCAUCAAUACUACUAUUUAAUAACAGGGAUAUUUAAAGCCCAUCUAGAGAGCCACGUGUCCCGUUUUGUUUUUCCUUUUUCUCAUUCUCCAUUCUCCAUUCUCCUUCUCUGCUUCUUCCCAUGUCUCUUACUCUCCCCUUCCUCUCUUUCCUGCUACCCACCUCCCAAACGACACCUUCCUUCAGAUUUCAAUUUCCUGUCUUUUAUGAAGUUUUAUCCUUCCCUCCCCAAUAAUUAAUUUCAAAAACUGCUCUCAUCAAAUUCCUCUCCAAUUCAUUAAUUAAUUCCUCUUCUAUAAUAUCCCGUGUUCCUAAAUUCCUCAACUUUUCAAAUCUCAUCCUCUCUGAUACUCGAGUUUGUUUUGGCCCUAGAAAGUGCUAUACAGUAAUGGGAUUUUGGUUUAUGAAAAAAGAUGAAGAAAAGAGAAGGAGUGUAGAGCUUUUCAAUUGCGAAUAAUGAAGAAUUUGGUAUCUAUUGUGUCAUUGAAGAAGAAGAAUAAAAUGAAAAUGUUUUAAGGUUGCUGCUGGAAAAGAAUCCAGAUCUUUUAGACGCAGUUGAUAAUAAGGGAUUCAAUGUGCUUCACCAAUGGGCAGAAACAACACAAGUUUGGCCAUUAAACUUUCUUUUAAAUGGGGAUUUUCCUGCUGCAAGGUCUAAACUCUAAAGUGUUCAGGCAUGACAGAUAAGAAAGAGGGUGAUAGUCCAUUACAUAUUGCAGCAAGGUCUAAGAAUGCUGUUGAUAUUGUUCGAGUGCUUAUACAUGGUUACCAGCAAGAAGCAUGGGAAACUCUAGAGCCACUAUAUGAUUUCCCUCCUUGGAAAACAAAGAACAAAAAUGGGGAUACACCAUUACGUACACACCACUCUAUCUUCAAAACAUGAUGAACAACUUGCGUUGUACAGUAUCUUUUAUCGUUGGAUUCAACAUUAUGUGAAAUUCAUAACAAUAAGGGUGAGAUCCCUCUCCUUCUUGCUGUUCUGCUCUUUUUUUUUUCAUUUUAUAUAUCAGUUGUCGUGCAAAUAAAUGAUACUCGUAUGACAGUGUGAUGCUUAAUUGAAAUUUAUCUCUGUGAUGGAUAUUUCCUUGAAUCAUUUGCAUCUUUAGCUUUGUGCAUAUGUUUUUGUAGUUCUUUACAGAAGUAAUUCAUUUUGAUGCCUAUAUUGAUAAGAAGUUGGACUUGAUGUACAAAAAGAAAUGGGAUUAAGGUUUGAAGUUGACUGUAACUGACCGCAAAGCUGUAUUAUAUCGCCCAGAAGAACAGAAAAAAAAAUGAAGGAUUAUAAACUACGUAGUAGUAGGAGGAAUGUUUUAAAUUGGAUCACUACAUAGUAUGGGAGGGAUAAACUUUUAUGUAACUAUCAGGCCCGGCCCUGAGGGUUGAAACGAGGGGCGGCCGCCCUGGCCCCCGGAUGCAAAGGGCCCCAAAUUAAUAGUCUGUUAAUUAAAAUAAAAACGGCAAU